UUCCACCAUCCAAACCUCUAGACCACUUCUCCGCUCGUUCUGGUAUGGAUCUUCUGUCGGAGGACCAAAUCAUGGAGUUCAAGGAAGCCUUCUGCCUCUUUGACAAAGAUGGAGAUGGGUGCAUCACACUGGAAGAGCUUGCCACAGUCAUCAAAUCAUUGGAUCAGAACCCAAGUGAGGAAGAGUUGCAAGAAAUGAUCCGAAACGUCGAUUUGGAUGGCAAUGGAACCAUAGAUUUUGGAGAAUUCUUGAACCUAAUGGCUAGAAAAAUGAAGGAGACAGACGAGGAGGAAGAACUAAAGGAAGCUUUUAAGGUCUUCGACAAUGAUCAAAAUGGUUAUAUCUCGGCCAGCGAGCUGAGGAAUGUGAUGAUGAAUCUUGGGGAGAAGUUGACUGAUGAAGAGGUGGAUCAGAUGAUUAGAGAGGCAGACUUGGAUGGAGAUGGGCAAGUGAACUAUGAAGAAUUUGUGCAGAUGAUGAUGACCACCUGAUUGGUUUUCAAAGAAGAGACCACACAAUGGAUUGAUCCACACUGAUUUCCAUCAGCUGUGUCAAGAAACCACAUCUUCUGAUACUAAAUUGAAUUUGUCUUCUCAUCACAGUCUUUGUUUCUGUCUAAUGAGCAUUACUUUGUCAGCAGUCUGGUCUUCAGUUUUCUUCUUUCUUCUUCUUGGAAUCACUGAAGCUGC